AUUUAAUAAAUUGUCCUACAAACUUCAAUGAGUUUCUCCCUGUCCCCACCUACAAUGCUUCCAAAAAAUUACAGUCCUUCAUGCAUUUCUUUCCCUUUAUUAACUCCCCCAUUUCCGUGUUGUGCUCUUAAGCCAAGAAGAAAAGAAGGAAGAAGAUCGAAGGUUUUGAGAAGAAUUUGGAGAUGGGUAUCUUUUCAUUGAUAACAGGAAGGCCUGGCUCAAGUGGGUUUGGUUCAGCUUCAACUGCUGAACAGGUUACUCAUGGGAUUGAUGCAUCCCAUCUUACUGUUAUAAUCACUGGAGGGGCAGCUGGCAUUGGGUUGGAGACUGCAAGAGUUUUGGCUCUCCGUGGAGCUCAUGUUAUUAUUGGUGCAAGAAACAUGGAAGCUGGAAAUGAAGCAAAACAGCUUAUUCUAAAUGCACAUAAAAGAGCUCGAGUGGAAAUUCUAAAACUUGAUCUUUGCUCAUUUGCAUCUAUUAGAGAGUUUGUUCAGAACUUCAACGCUCUUGAUCUUCCCCUCAACAUCUUAAUAAACAAUGCUGGAAUCAUGUUCUGCCCAUAUCAGCUUUCUCAAGAAGGAAUAGAGACGCAGUUUGCAACAAAUCAUAUUGGUCAUUUUCUCUUAACAGAUCUCCUCCUGGACAAAAUGAAGAACACUGCAAAAGCCACAGGCAUUGAAGGUAGGAUUGUGAAUUUGUCAUCAAUAGCUCACCAUUACACUUACAGUGGUGGAAUUCGAUUCGAAAAGAUCAACGAAAAAUCUGGUUAUUCUGACAAAAUGGCAUAUGGGCAAUCCAAAUUAGCAAACAUUUUACACGCCAAUGAGCUCUCUCGUCGAUUUCAGGAAGAAGGUGUGAAUAUCACAGCAAACUCAGUUCAUCCAGGGCUGAUAAUGACAAAUCUUUUUAAAUAUUCUGCCUUUCUUAUGAAAUUUUUUAUGUUCUUCUCCUUCUUCUUGUGGAAAAAUGUACCUCAGGGGGCAGCCACAACAUGCUAUGUUGCUCUCCUUCCAGAUUUAAAAGGAGUGAGUGGAAAGUAUUUCGUGGAUUGCAAUGAAAUGAUACCAAGUCCACUUGCAAGAGACCAAGUAUUGGCAAGGAAACUCUGGGACUUCAGUGAUAAGUUGAUUUCCUCUUCACAAGCUUAAAAUGCCACAUACCAUGUAUCUUACGGUUAAAAUCGUAAGUCUAGAAUAUAGACUGGGGGCAGAGGGCAACGGAGUUGAUGAGAAAAUGAUUGAUCGUCAUUACAGCUAAUGUUUGGGGGGGGGGGGGGG